AUGGAGAGAAAAAGACAGCUACAGAAAAGGGAAUUUGGGAAAAGACUUUCUCUGGACAGCAGUCUUGUGGACUAUAUGGACUCCAACAAAUACAUCGAGCAUUUGGUGACCCAGCUGGAAGAACAACGCUGGAAUUUAUGGAGGCAAAAGCUGUGUGUGGCUCGGCUGCAGAGGGAAGUUGCCCAGAGUAAGAGCGAAGGAGCCAUGCGUGAGAAGCUGAUACAUGAGCUGGAGGAAGAAAGACAUUUGAGACUUGAGAGUGAAAAAAGAUUACGGGAGGUGACCCUGGAGUCGGAGCGGAGCAGAGCUCAGAUGCGGGGGCUGCAGGAACAGUUUUCCAGAAUGGAGGAGACAGUGAGAAAUCUACUACAAGGCCAAGGAUCCCCAGGCCAGCACGGAGAAGGAACUGUCAAUAUCAUGAAGGUAUAUCAGGGAAAGCUGUCAGAAGACAGUAGGAGAUGUAAAGAAGGCAUGGAAAAAAUUUGCACACUGGCAGAUGAAGAUUCAAGAAGUGAAAGCAGCAGCACUGAGGAUGAAAAGGAGAAAACAAAAUUGCUCUUGGAGCGUUUGAAAGCUCUGGAGGCAGAGAAUUCAGCGCUGGCUCUGGAAAAUGAAAAUCAGAGAGAACAGUAUGAAAGAUGUCUCGAUGAGGUAGCUAAUCAGGUUGUUCAGGCUCUACUUACUCAAAAGGGUCUGAGGGAGGAAUGUAUAAAGCUGAAAAUGAGAGUUUUUGAUCUGGAACAACAGAAUCGAACUUUAAGUGUGCUUUUCCAGCAGAAAGUCAAACCAGCUUCUGACCUCCUCCUUCAGAAACUCCACUCACGCAUCUUGGACCUCUCAUCUGGGGAUUUGCUUUCAGAAGUAGAACGAAACCGAAGCCUGGUGCAAGCUCGAAGUGCUGAUGCUCAGAUGCUCGAAUGCCAGCAGAAUGUGAAAUCCAGCAUACCUGUCUUGAAAUGCCAGAGUCAAUUAAAUAUGACAGGCUCUAGCCGCCUGUAUCCUCGGAGCAGCUGCAGUAGCAGUGAACUCUCCCUCUCAAGUGCUUGCAGUGAAUAUUCCAGUGGUUCCUCCUACACUUGGAAUGAUGGAAAGACAAGCAAAAGGUCAUCCGUGAGGUGGGAUAAAAGAAUAAGCAUUGGUUCUUCGCUCCCAAGCAACCUCUCGAGUCCUGCAGAUGAUCUACCUCCAACUCGUAUCAAGGAAAACCAUAUCCUAGAAGGGCUGAAAAAAUUGCAGGAGCAAAAAAUAUUACUUGAACCACCUUCAGUAAUAUCAAAAUGGGGCUACAAAGAUUGCAUGAACUCCAACGAAGGAAUAUAUUCCCCUGGAAUUAAGUGUGGCGGCCAUAAUGAGCAGACUCAUUGUAAGCCAAUGGAAAUGGGAAGUAAUUGCACUGAACACAACAAAACUUUCUCUUAUGAUUCAGAUGCUCAUGAUGAUGCAGAUGAUGACUCUUCAUCCUUACUGUUGCUGCAGGAAGUUCCAAGCAAAGACUGCAGGACCUAUUGUAACAAAUUAACUCAUAGCAUUUCUGACAGUCUGUUUGACUGGGAUCCUAACAGGAAACAUUUGCCAGAAAGAAGUUCAUUUUUUAAUUCAAAGGAAACACCUGAGAAAUUAACUAGUUUUGUCAGUGGAUUUCAGGCAGAUAUAAAAUCAUGCACCAGAGCAAAGAUGCCUGAGUUACAGUUAAAUCAAGACCAUUCUGCUAUGGGCUGGAAGGACUUCAAUUUUCAGCUUUCAGACACUGAUGACAAUGAAGUCUUGGAUGAAUUGCAUAUAGAAAGCAGUGAUGAGAAAAGUCCCUCAGAUUUAUUAUCAACUCCCUUUCCUGAGAGGUAUACAAAGACCUCUGACUUGCUCAAAGUCACGGAGAAUUCUCAGCUUGUAUCUACUGAUAAAGAAGAGAACCAGAUACCUGUUCACUCAGGCAUUAGGCCUAAACCAUGUAAUUUCAUUAAGCAACAGAAGGUUAUAAAAAAGACCUCUUCUGAAGAGUGCAUCACAGUAAUAUACGAUGCUAAGGAUGGCGAGCCUAUUGAAUUCAGCUCACAUCAAACUGGAGUUGUCACUGUAACAAGAAAUGAGAUUUCAAUCAACCAGCCACAAACUACGUCCAGUGCAGAAUACACUGAACUUGUAUCUCAGGGAAGAACUGAUUUGCAGCCAGGACCCAAUGCUAGGAAUUACACUGCUUUAGAAAGACGGGAAGAUGAAACUGCGAAAAAUACUCAAGGUAAAAAAUAUCUUGAAGAUAAUACAGGGAAUAAAAAUACAGUUGUCCCCCUGACCUGUGGUGAAUCUUCACACUGUGGAAGAGUGACACAGCAAAAUACUUCACAACAGAAACUAGUGAAGCCAGUGUAUGAUACAUCAUACAAGGCCAAUUCAAGCUCCACUGUGCAUGCAGGAAUCAAUCAAAAGCCAAAUGUAACUAAAAUACCCAGCAGAGGUAAAUUUUCUCCCCAAAAAGCUUUGAUGACUGAGAGUGGUGAGACACCUGUAGCUCCGCCAGUGGGCCCCACAGCCCGUGAGAAAUCACCUGCUCUGCCACCUGUAAAGCUUUCAAGAUUCAAAAAGGCUCAAAGCCCACCUCGUCAUUUUGAUUCAAAAGUCGAAUUUCAGGUUCCAAAGCCCCCUGCCCACCCCCUGCCAAACUUGAAACGUCCUGGCAGAGGAGAUGGGUCAAAAUAUCCAAAGAGUCAGAGUUCAGCAUCACCACUGUUGCCUCAGCACUUUAUAGAGCCCAGUAGCUACGGGGAGCCUCCAACCAGAGACUUUCAUUGCAAUUUAGCCACUGUAGAAGCCCGGUCUCCAUCCCCACCCCUUCCUCCAGGCAGGUCAACAUCCCUGUUGAUUCGGCCUAAUUAUGCUAAUUCUCCACCUCUAGCAGUAAAGUUAGGAGGAGCUGGUCCCACUGAAACAGCAAAAAAUGUACUGAAAUCAUCUCCAUUAAAAGGAACUGUGAACUCUGGCUUUCAUAAUCAAUCUAGUCAUGAAAUGCAAGCAAAAAAUGUAUCUUCUGGGGCCAAAAUUGAAUUAUCUAACCUUCAAGAAAAUGCAGAAGAAAUUAUGCAAAAUUCAUGUACAUCUCAGCAAUCCCACAGUGCAUGCCAAGGACUUUCCAAAGUUUCCACAAAGCAAGUCUGCCCAAAAAGCCCAAAUCAGGUGGGUCUCCACAGGAAUCGUGAGUAUUCCAGCACAGAUUUUCAAACAGCCAGGUCCUUUUCUCUAGGCUGUCCGUCACUGGAAACAACUCCUUCACAAGACACAUAUUCCAGCAAAAACAACACUUCCAGUGACAGUGGGUUGGAUCAGCUACAAAAGGUGCCGAACAUUCUCCCCACAACUCCUCAAUGUCAUACGACCAGCACAAGUGAGCCUUUGCUAUCUCAGGUAAACAAUUUCCCAUCAAUGCUGUUUCAUGCCAGUGAUGCUGCACAUGCCUCUCAAAACUCUAAUGAGAGAGGAAUGAAAACCCGUCUCCCUGUAGGACUGAAAUUAUUUGUCAAAUCUCCCCAGCUUCUCCGCAAGAGCUCUACCGUACCAGGGAAGCAGGAAAAAGACAGUAUAAAUGCAGCUUCCAAAAGUAAUGUGAGUUCCAGUAAGCACAAGCAAAGUGAGUCUGUGUGUGUAACCACCAGAGGUGCAACGGAUGCAGAAUUAAAGGACUCCAAGUCUGAUACUGAAGUAAAAAAUAAUUGUGAUGUGGGAUUUAGUAUGGAUACAGCAUCAGCUCAUUCACAUGAAAGCUGCAACUUGGUAGUAGACAGAGGAGAUGGAUUAGAAAACAAAUUAGUUAAGAGGUCUGUUUCUUCUAGCAACAAGUCUCACUUGAAGCCAGCUCUGGGCAUGAACGGAGCAAAAGCUCGUAGUCAGAGUUUCAGCAUUCACACAGGGGAGAAGCCAUCUGCCCCUGUGACAGAAGGACUCGGGAAAGUACGGACUCAGAUUAUUACAAACACUUCUGACAGAGGGAAUUCUCUAACAAGGCAGAACUCAGCCAUGGAAGGGCUUCAAAUCAAGGCUAGUCCUGGGACAGCAGUGACACCGGAGGCUCUUUUAUGUACUACUAAACCCACAGAAAAUUCCUAUCCUAGACAAGGCUCUCUUGGAAAUAUGAAUAGUUGCAACAGCCAGCAUGGAAGCCCAAGCAAAUUGCCAUUCAGAUCAUCUCAAAAAGUCGACCAGUUUCACAGCACUUCAAAAUUUGAUGGAAGCAAACCAUUUUCUCAGAAAGAUGCACGCGGUCUAUCUGCACAGAGUGAGAAAAGUGCUGAAAGCUUUAGGCAUGAGGCUCUAGGUAAAAGAAGUGUUCUGUCAGCAGAACUGGAGUUAGAAGCCUCAGCUACCGUGUCUUCCAAGCAAAUUUCAUCCUUCCAAAGCUUUGAUGGAGUGAAGUGUCCUCAUAAACUGGAAGCAACAAAGUCACGAAGACAGCAAAUGUCUUUAAAAUUAGCAGAAACCUCUGAGAAGGUUAAUGAUCUUUUGAGUUCACCAUCUCUGCAACCUACAAUAGAGGAGAAAGUCAUGUUAUGCAUUCAAGAAAAUGUGCAAAAGGGUCAAGGACAAACCAAAUCCCCCACUGUGGAGACUAAGCAAAAGACAGGGCCUUCUAUAGCCAGUUGGUUUGGCUUCCGAAAGAGUAAGCUCCCAGCACUGAGUAGCAGGAAGAAUGAUAUUCCUAAAAAUAAGGUGGAAAAAAAGGAUGCAAAAGUUUCAGGAUUCGGAAUUAAACAGGCAAAAUUAGAGAGAAGAAAAGAAAAGAAGAAAACUGAACAACACUGUGAAAUAGAAAAUGAAAUUAACAGGAAAACAGACGGUGGUGACAUUUUAGCCAUGGAGAGCAAAAUUAUGAAGCCUUCCCAAGACUCUCCUGGUGAGAUUGAAUGCGAACAAGUCAGAGGUUCUACCACAGCUGCCUACUCACCAAAAGACAGCUUUAUGAGAGAGCUUUUAAACAGAGUUGAUAAGAAAGCAGCUCAGCAGACAGAAAGUGGAUCAAAUAAUGUUUCCUACAGGAAUGUGUCUAAGGGCAGCUCCCAGGGCUCCUCUCUUCAUGGCAACUCUAUCAGCUCUCAAGAAAACCACAGGAAAAACAGCAACACAAAAGCUGAUAUGGAAAUGCAGAAUCAGACUCUGGCUAAAGUAGUCACAGAAAACCUGCAAGAAGAAGAGGAGGACACCAUGACCAGGGCUACAUGUCAGAGUCAUGUGAUAGAGUCUUGCUGCCAGAUGAGGACACUGGACAGCGGGAUUGGAACCUUCCCCCUCCCGGACUCGGGGAACCGAUCGACGGGGCGACACAUUUCUAAGCAGCAAUCAACCUUGGAAAGGGGAGUCUUUGCAGCAUCUGAGCAAGUUCCUCUUUCAGCUCCUUCAGUAAAAGCCAGAACUCUUGAGAGAGAAGUGCCUUCAACAGCUAAGAGCCAGGAGUCUGUGGAAGGUGUAAUUAGUCACUCAACAUCUGAUCCAGCCAUGACUGCCAAAGGUAUACGACCUUUUCAAAGUCGCCUUCCCAAACCAGCUUCCUCAGGAAUAAUUAACCUUGCAAAGCAAAGUGAACAAGAAGCAAGUUCUAUGACCUCUGCCUCAUUAGAACACACUGAAGAGACUGUGGAAAAUAGAAAAGUUCUUCCAGAGUGGACCACCAAGAAAACUACUAAAACAAAGGACACAGCUCUAAGGGUGUGCACGUACUCAGCAAGCAGCACUGACAGUGAGCCAGAGACAGAGUACAAAACCAGUUAUUUCAGAGCUGCACAGGAGACUCUUGUGGAGUUAAAAAAGAGCAGCAGACAAGCUGUGCCAGAAAAACAAAUUCAGAGAAGGUCAUUUUUGGGGAACCCAAUGUCAAUUUUGGAUUUAUACCAACACAGUUUCUAUGGCCAUUUUGGAGAGGAUGGACCUGAACAAUUAGCACAUUACAGUUUAAUUGAGCAGCUGAGUGGAGCUUCCAGUAAAGACAGCAAGAGCAAGGAGAGCCCAAGUAAACUGAAGCAAACUGAAGAAACAAAAGAAGAUUCCCAGAACAGAGUAUCUCAAAUUUCCCUGGAGUCUCUGAAUAAAUUUAAUAGCAAUAAUGUACUUUUAUUAGAAAAAGAGAAGAACUGUCUGAACAAGGUUGAAGGACAGAAAGAAGAAAAUGGAAAGAAAGAAGCAGCUUCCUUGAAUAGCUCUGGUCGGCAGGAUGUGGACAAUUUGGAAUCUUUGAGUGAUUCCCUGUAUGACAGCUUCUCCUCUUGCACCAGCCAAGGCUCCAACGACGUUUAG